ACCUAGCAGGAGCAAAAAAAAAAAAAGAAAGAGUCAAGAGGAGAAGAAAAGUGAGAGGAAAAAUAACAGGAGGGCAGCAAAGAUGAGAAUAAGGAAGCACCUGUCCGCUGUUCAUCUUCCUGCAGUUGCCAAUCCCAUCUUGAGGUCGAAAAUCACUGCAGCGGCAAAGCCAGCAGCAGCAGCAGCGCCGGUGGUCACUGCAGCUCUAGCUCCUGGUAACUUUCCUGGAUGCAAAGAUGAGAAAGAAGAAGAAGAACAAGGAGAGAAAUCCUUGCCUGGAAAUCGAGGAGUGGUCCCGGCGAGAGCUCCAGCGCUUGUAGGGCUUGUAGCAGUCGAGGAGGAAGUCGGGGAUAAGGUAGCAGCAGCAGCAGCGGUAGCAGCGGUGGAAGGAAAAGGCCGGGGCUUGGUUGCCGAGGUUUGUAGCAGCAUUCGGACGAGCAGCAAGAACCAAGACGAGGCCGCCGCUAUGGUGCUGCUGCAGUCGAGCUCGUUGCAGCAGUUCCCGGAUCUCUCGUUGCCCAUGACUCCGGCGGUCUCGCUCCCCACCAGGCCAAAGAGGACAAAGCCCCGGAGCUGCAGUGCGGCUAGUCCCAGCUUUGUUUGUCCUCCGCCGCCUCCUCCUCCACCUCGUCCGGGCCUCGAGCAGCAGCAACUCCAACUCGCCCCAGAGAUGGCUUGCAUGCAGCAGCAGCAACAGCAGCUCCUCCGAGAUCACGGCGGCGGCGAGCUCGACGAUGACGACUCAAGUCCCAAGUCAGUGAAGGUAACUUCGGAUCUUAUCGACGUUUCAUCGCCUCCGAGGUACGUUGUAACUUCUUCAGGUUCUUUUCGUUGCCGAGCUGAUGGUCGCAAUUGUAAUUGCAGGGAAGCACCACCACUGCAGCAGGAAGCAGCAGCAGCAGCAGCGGUAGCAGGAGAUACCGACACCGUGGUGGUUAGUGGAGCACUAAUAGAGCAGAGAAGAAGUACCAGGAGGCCGAGGAGUAGAAGCGCUAGCUUGAGGAACCUACAAGAGCUGGAGGACGACGGAGAGGCGAACGAAGGUAGCCAGUGCCGGCGAAUGGACGGCAAAGGAUGGAGGUGCCACCGCACGACUCAGCCCGACUACUCGCUCUGCGACUAUCACCUGGACAAAUUCCGAGAAACCAAUCAGCGAAAGCUUAGGAACGCAGCGACAGCUCAGGAAGCAACAAGGAGACGCAGCCGAGUGAAGAGGAAACCCGUGAAAGCUCGAUCACUCAUGUCGAUCUGAGAGUCGAGAGAGUCAUGACAAGGCAUGACUUGGAAGUCACUCAAACAAAAAGCCUGAGGGAAAA